AGCAAGCGCUGGGUAUUCGCCGCGGCGAUUACGUGACAACGGCGGCCCGCCGGUGCAGGAGUGAGUAAGGCAGCCUGGCCUCAACCCCAUAGCAAGCGCGGUGGAGCUCCCUUCCUGCUCCACCCUAAUCUAAAAACAGGCGAAUAACCAGUGAUGGCAGCGACGGAGGAGCUGCCGCCCUGGGAGGUGUUAGAUGGAGCGUUUUUACCGGAGGAGAACGGCUGGAUGGAGGCCUUGCUGGACGAUGAUAUCGUCCAGAACGGGCCGUGCGCGCGCGUCGCGCCGCUGCCGAAGCGAAGCGCGGGCGGCGGCGUGUGUUUCCGGAGCGAUGACCGGCGGCAGGCCCAACUCCCUCUACCGGCUCCACUAGGUCCAAGUGUAGUAGCCAUGGCGCCGGCCGUCGCGGCGGAGGUCGAACCGGAACCUACCUUCGAUGCUACGGAAGGGACCGAGGAAUUACGAGCCGAGAGCGAUCUCCUCGCGGACUGCGGCGCCGUGGCGCUCUGUGCACCUUUGUCCUCUCUAGAAGGCGCGGAUCCCGCUACGAGAGCGGCGGCUCUACACCUAGCGAGGUGGUUUAGAGCUAGACUAUCCGGUCAAUCGGUCGACGGCGCGAAGACGCCGGAGAAGACACCGACCAGCCCAAGGACGACGGACGACAUGGAUUUAUGUCGAGGGCCGCCGACCAUGCCCCUGGCGCGCAAGGACAGUGGCGGGAAUGAUGAUUGGGGCGCGGCGACGUGCUACGGGCGGUUGGAAGGGACCUCGCCGUGCCGGACGGCUCCUGUGUUUGACUUGGCUGUCAAAGCGCCUAAAGCGCCGGUGGCGCCGCACCGGUCCGGUUAUCAACGACUAGCUUUGAAUACUGAGGUCCGGGACGACGUCUUCGAGAACGCGCGAGCCGACGCCUGCGCCCAGCUCGCGUCGAGCGCUCUACGGAGUUGUUUCCGACUCAAAGCGGCGGCGCCGGAGGUGCGACUACUGCUCGAGCUCUGCGACGACCGCGGCGACGGCGACGACGGGCCCAGGGCCGCCAAAAAAGCUUUUCAUGCUAGAUGCGCAUACCUGGCGAACGGUGCGGGUGCUCGAAGUUUGAGGAAGGAGCGGUGGCGGGCUAGAGCGGUGGCCACCGCGCGCGGUGCCACAUUACAUGAUUAUGCUGUGAGAGAUGAAUCUGGAUUAUUGAAACCAGCUUGCUCGCCGGACUUGCGGGACGCCUUACUCGGUUUAGAAGCGCGCGGCGUUUCGCUCGACGACGUCUGCGUCUGCGUCGAGGCGCCGGCUUGCGCCGACGCCAAGGCACCAGGCUCUUCGAGAUUCGCGAAACACUUACCUUGGAGCCCCUGGUCGGCGGCCGGACAUUUGAGUAGGGUCCUAUCCGUGCUCAGAGAUUCUGUUUUAAAAGUGGUGGAAGGCAGUAAAGAGGAGCCGCAAGUCGAGAUACAACCCCCCAAACGCCAACGAGGCGCUCGUACCAAACCCAAGAUGGACGUGGAGGCGCAGCAGCCGCCGCCUUCUCCUGAGUUUCGGGAUGUUGCUUCCUUCACAAGUUUCUUCGGAGAACGUUGCACCGUCCACGCGGCGCCCUUGCGACGCGUGUUGGGGACCUGGUCCGCGGCUCGAUUUUUGUACGCCAACCUGGCUACGAUUCGUCGAGAAGCUGUUGCUUUAGCAGCACAACGAGCUCGGGUGCUCGCGGCGGCGGAGCGGCGAGGUGGAGACAAGCCGGCGCUCGUGGAGUUUGAUUUGAAUCCUAGAGACUUCGCCUACCGCACCGACGGCGGCGUCGCCGUCGCCGACCGCUACCUCCUCGUCUACCCGAAGACGGAGCGGUCCGUCUUUAUAUUGGCGCUCCGGCGCUGCGCUUGAAGCUUCUGUACAUACGCCCUUGCCUUUCCCCCUUGCCUGCUAAGUUAAAGUGCUUUCCU